AUGGCAACGGUGCUGCAGCGUAUCAAGGACAAGCGGUUGAGCUCCGCUCAGGAGUGCGAGAGCCGCGUGGUCUUCGAGCUGGCAACGGAAGGAUCCGAAGUCAUGACCGUCAAGCAGCUCAAGUUGUGUCUGCGAGCCCUGGGCUUCAACGCUGCAAAGGGUGAAGCUCAAGCGCUCGUGUACGAGUUCGACUACACGGACACGAACACCAUCGACCUCGCGGACUUCCAAAAGAUCUUCUUGUCCAAGGUGGGUGGAUGGGUGGAGCUCUCCGAUUGCACGUAUGUAUGUGACAGGAUAAUAGAUCAGCUCAACGCAUGCGGCGUGCAGGUGCUGGAGAGCAGCGAGCGGGAGCAGUUCGACCAGGCGUUCGGGUACACGUGUUCAUGCUCAUGCUCAUGA